GGCGCCGGCAUCGGCGCUAAAUGGGACCAGGUGCCCAGGGGACCCGGAGGUGGGCCGAGCCGUUUCCCGGGCGACUGCGGGGGCGGGAGCGGGAGGGGCCGAGCCCGCCCACCUGCCGGUGCGGACAGUGCCGGGGGUUCCCGGGCGAUGGGUGGCCCCGUGCGGCCCCGCACCGCCGUCCUUCUCCCAGCGGCUCCGACCCGGCCUCCCGCCGUCCGGCUCCCGGGGAGAUCACAACCCCGCGGCUCCGCCACGUGGAACUCGGGUGCCCGACACCGGCAGCGCCCCGCACGGUGCCACCUCCUCCGAUACCGAGAGGGGCCCUCUGGACUGGCCGUGGCAGCCGAGCGUCGGCGGUGGCUUGGGCAGGGGGAGUGGAGGCGCGGGCGGAUCGGGUCGUCCGAAGCGAAGCGGGGAGGCGUCUCUUCCUGGUGUCGGGAAAGGAAACAGAAAGUAGUCGCUCAGUCGGGGAGAAGGAUGUCUGAGCUUUGUCUACUUGGCAAAUCCACCCAAAACAAAAUUGAAAGAUGGACCUGACCUGUAAUCUCGCCAUCCUGGGAGUGGAACCACAACUUGUGUGAAUGCAGUAAUGAAGGACGUUUCAAAUCGUGUCCUCUGAGCUCUUGAGAAGCUGGUUCUAGUGAGCCCUACAUCAGAGCAGUAUGACAGCCUACUUCGGCAGAUGUGGGAGAGGAUGGACGAGGGAUGCGGAGAGACCAUAUAUGUCAUUGGGCAGGGAUCAGAUGGGACUGAGUACGGGCUGAGUGAAGCUGACAUGGAGGCCUCCUACGCCACAGUGAAAAGCAUGGCCGAACAGAUAGAGGCCGACGUCAUCCUCCUGCGGGAACGUCAAGAAGCUGGGGGCCGUGUGCGUGAUUACCUGGUCCGGAAGCGAGUAGGAGACAAUGACUUCCUGGAGGUCAGGGUAGCAGUAGUGGGCAACGUGGAUGCUGGCAAAAGCACGCUUCUGGGGGUCCUGACACACGGGGAGCUGGACAAUGGCCGAGGCUUUGCCCGCCAGAAACUCUUCCGCCACAAACAUGAGAUCGAAUCUGGUCGCACCAGCAGUGUGGGCAACGACAUCCUGGGCUUUGACAGCGAAGGCAAUGUGGUGAACAAGCCAGACAGCCACGGCGGCAGCCUGGAGUGGACAAAGAUCUGUGAGAAAUCCACUAAAGUGAUUACCUUCAUCGACUUGGCUGGCCACGAGAAGUACCUGAAGACCACGGUCUUCGGCAUGACGGGCCACUUGCCUGACUUCUGCAUGCUCAUGGUGGGCAGCAAUGCUGGCAUCGUGGGGAUGACCAAGGAGCACCUGGGCUUGGCAUUGGCACUCAAUGUGCCUGUUUUUGUGGUGGUCACCAAGAUUGAUAUGUGUCCUGCUAACAUCUUGCAAGAAACCCUGAAGCUGUUACAGCGCCUGCUGAAGUCGCCAGGCUGCCGGAAGAUCCCCGUGCUGGUGCAGAGCAAGGAUGAUGUGAUCGUUACCGCCUCCAACUUCAGCUCGGAGAGGAUGUGCCCGAUAUUCCAGAUCUCCAACGUUACGGGCGAGAACCUAGAUCUGCUGAAGAUGUUCCUCAACCUCCUCUCCCCCCGCACCAGCUACCGGGAGGAGGAGCCGGCUGAGUUUCAGAUUGAUGACACUUACUCUGUGCCGGGUGUGGGGACAGUGGUGUCAGGGACAACACUCAGGGGCCUGAUCAAGCUGAAUGACACGCUGCUGCUGGGCCCAGAUCCUCUGGGUAACUUCCUGUCCAUUGCUGUGAAGUCGAUCCAUCGCAAGCGCAUGCCUGUCAAGGAGGUGCGGGGGGGCCAGACAGCCUCCUUUGCGCUGAAGAAGAUUAAGCGCUCAUCCAUCCGGAAGGGCAUGGUGAUGGUUUCCCCGCGUUUGAAUCCCCAAGCAUCUUGGGAAUUUGAGGCCGAGAUCCUCGUCCUCCACCACCCCACCACGAUUAGCCCACGCUACCAAGCCAUGGUGCACUGUGGGAGCAUCAGGCAGACGGCCACCAUUCUGAGCAUGGACAAGGACUGUCUACGCACUGGGGACAAGGCCACGGUGCACUUCCGCUUUAUCAAGACCCCCGAGUACCUGCACAUAGACCAGCGGCUGGUGUUCCGGGAAGGCCGCACCAAGGCUGUGGGCACCAUCACCAAGCUCCUCCAGACCACCAACAACUCCCCGAUGAACUCCAAGCCUCAGCAGAUUAAAAUGCAGUCAACGAAAAAAGGCCCCCUGACCAAACGAGAAGAUGGGGGCCCCCCUGGAGGGCCGUCCGUAGGGGUGCCUCCCCCUGGAGACGAAGCGGGCUCCCUGGGGGCUGCGCAGUCAGCUGCGUCCAGCAGUCUCCAGCCAACGCUCAAGCCCAGCAGUGGGGGCCGGCGGCGAGGGGGCCAGCGUCACAAGGUGAAGAACCAGGGGGCCUGCAUGACUCCUGCCAGUGGCUGCUGAAUUUCUCCUUCCCACCCAAGGGAUUCUCCUGCUCUGGCCACGCUCCAUCCGAUGGGCCAGAGCAGCCACCACCCUCCCCAGGCCACAGCCGGAGCCUCAUCAUUCCCCAGCCCUGGUUCCCGGGGCUCUAAUUUAUAGGCCGAGGACGACGGCAGACUUCCGGAGCACUACCAUCUCCCGCCCUCUUGCCCGCCUUCUUCCUCACUCAGUUUUUGUACAUCUGGGCCCUUAGUUUGUAUUCUUUUUAUUUUCUCUCGUAUGUGUGUGCGUGUGCGUGCGUGUGUGUGCGUGUGUGUGCGUG